AGCCAACUUCACAGAGUGAAAAUUUCUAUUACAAGUUGUGCGUCAAAAGUGUAAUGCGGAGCAAUUUUUUGCAAAAAAAUGCAAUAAAACCAACGAAAUAAUUCAUAAAAACAUUAUACAAUGGCUACUCAAAAGCCCGGUGAGUGGGCAAACUCAUUACUUGCACGUUUUGAAGAUCAGCUGCCAAAUAAAAUUGGUAUUUAUGGUACUCAAGCCAGACUUAGCCAGGACCAACUGAUUAACUGCUUGAUUCAAAUAUCACGUUAUCGAUUUUCUUUGGUUAUCUCAGGUCUAACUAAGAUGCUGCAGCGAGUCAACGAAUCAGCUAUUGCACAGUUUCGUGUACACGAAACAGAACGAUAUUAUUAUGAUUCGCUAAUAAUUAUCUUAACAACUUUAGAAAGAUGUUUAACUAAUCAAUCAAAAGAUACAGCUCGCUUCGAAGAAGCAAUGAAUGUUAAACUUUUAUUGCGUGAGAUUUCGCAAUUUAUUGAUUUUCAAAGUGAAACCAAUCCUAAUGCUGCACAGUUAAAAGCACUGGCUUCGAAGGUUUUAUUUGCACUUUCUCAAAACCAUUUUUCGGCGGUAUUUAAUAGAAUAUCAGCGAGAAUACAGGAGUUAACAGCAUGCUCGGAAGAGAAUCCUGAUUAUAGUGACAUCGAAUUGAUACAGCACAUUGAUAUGGAUGUGACAAAACUAACGAAAUUAUUACAAGAAACCAUUACAAAAUUUCGAUCUAAAAAAGCACCUCCACUGAUACUGCUCAACUCAUUGGAAAAAGCUAUAUGGAACUGGAUAGAAUACCAUCCACUGGAAUUUCAAGAUUUACAAAGAGGAGUGAACCGAGAUAUAUCUUCGUGCUGGGAACCCUUGCUUGAUUUUGUUGAAGCAUACAAAGCCGAAAACAAAAAGAGCAAAACCACUGUCUGGUCGCUACAAAUGCUUUUGCUGAUUCUCAAUCCAUCAUCACUCGAAGCCACUGUUAAUGAGUUACAACAAAUGGAUAAAGAAAAAGAAAAGGAAAAAGACAAGGAUCGAGUACAGAGCAAAGUUCCAACAUCACGUGACAAAGACUACUCGUCGAAACAAUUUAUCGAAAGUGUUAAACGUGGUCUUGGUCCACAUUCCCCAUCGAAGCAAGUUACAGAAUCGGCAGCUAUUGCUUGCGUUAAACUUUGCAAAGCAUCAACUUACAUAAACAUCAACGAUUCUAACAAUGUUAUAUUCAAAUUGGUUCAGUACAUCAUAAAUGAUCUUAAAGCUUUGCUUUUUAAUCCUGUGAAACCGUUUUCGCGAGGUCAAGGAUACAAUUUUGCUGAUAUAGAACUAAUGAUUGAUUGUUGGGUGUCAUGUUUCCGCAUCAAUCCGCACAACAUCGAAGCAUUGAAGGUGUGUUUGAAUCUAUCAUCGCCACCUGCAUACCAUUUUGUUAUUGUAUGCGCAUUAUUAAGACUCGCCCAUAUUUAUGUAGACUUUAGAAUGCCGAACAAAAAUCCUUUCAGGAUUGUUAAUCAACCACGUCUUCCGUGGUGGCCACAGACUGAUGUGGUUCAUUAUCGUUCUGCCGAAUUGAGAGCACUCUUUACAGAUACAUUGAAUAAAGCAACGCAAGGAUACAUUGCCCAUACGCCUCUUCGUAUGAUCACUUCAUUAACACUUAAGUCAAAAGAUGCACAAAAAGGACUUACACGAGCCGAAGAAGGUCCAGCUCAUAAAAUGCUGCUUUUGCUCCUAGUUCGUUUGAUUCAUGCUGAUCCCACUUUACUUUUGAAUACACAAGGAAAAGUUGCUCAUGAAGUGCAAAGUUCAACCCUUGAACUCAUAAAUGGUCUUGUUAGUUUGGUUCACCAACCAACCAUGCCCGAUGUUGCACAAGAAGCUAUGGAAGCAUUAUUAGCUCUACAUUCACCUGAAAAGAUUGAAGUCUGGAAUCCAGAAGCACCUAUAAACACUUUUUGGGACGUUAGUUCCCAAGUUCUAUUUUCAAUUUCACAAAAACUAAUUCAGCACCAAAUAGCUAACUAUACUGAUGUUUUGAAAUGGCUUCGUGAGAUUCUUAUUUGUAGGAAUACAUUUCUGCAGAGACAUAAGGAUUAUGCUCAUGUAGGAAGUCAAAUUGCAAUAUGCAAACAGGCACAUAUAAAGCUUGAAGUAGUGUUCUUCAUGUAUUUGUGGUCAGUUGACUUGGAUGCGGUGAUAACAUCGUUAUCUUGUCUUGGUUUAUUGGUUGAAGAAGCAGAAAUAAGAUAUGGACAGGAUGAGAUGGCAGUUGGAUUUGUAAUGCCAAAUUAUCAUAUCUACCAAGAGUUGGCACAGUUAUCAACUGCAAGUACCGAUACCCGAUUUUGUUUUUAUGAAAAUGUCCAUGGAAAUUCAGUUUUGAGUCGAAUGAUGUUGCAGAAACGAAUUAUGUUGCUAUUACGUAAAAUUGAAGUUUGUGCUAAUGGAGUACAACCAGCGUGGGAGGAAACAUUUAGGAAUUGGGAAGCUAUAAGCAAAAUUCUUCAAUCUUAUCCUAAAUGCAAAACUGAAGAUGGACAAGCUGAAGUAUUUCAUCGUGGUAUGGGAAAACGUAGAGCCUCACACCAAAGUUCUGAACACGAUUUAGAAGAACAAAUUACCGAAUGGGCUAACAUGACAUGGUUUCUAUUAGCAUUAGGUGGAGUUUGUUUACAAAGGCCACGUUCAUUACGCGUACCUAUAAAUUUAAAUCAAAAUAUUCAAAACUGCCAAAGCAGUCAAAGCAACCAAAAUAUUACAAAUAAUCCAAUCAAUUCACAUAACCAACAACAAAAUCCACACAGCACAAAUCAAAAUCAAUCACAUAAUUCAUCAACAAUGCCAUUGAAUCCGAAUAUAAGUGUUUCAUUGGGUUCAUUGGCCCAGAACUCAAUGAACUCUGUAUCGAGUUCAGUGAGUUCCGGGCGAGGUUCCCUUCAUCCGAGUACAAUAUCGCUAGUGACUACUACUAUUGUAAUUCCACCGCCACAAGAAAUCCAAUACUGUCCAGUAACACAAUUUAUUGGGCAGCUUUUACGAUUAUUGGUUUGCAGUAAUGAAAAGAUUGGUUUAAAUAUUCAAAAAAAUGUUAAAGAGCUUGUUGGUGAAGAAAUGUCUCCUCAGCUCUAUCCCAUUCUCUUCGAUCAAAUACGUGCUAUUGUUGAAAAGUUUUUCGAUCAGCAAGGUCAAGUAAAUGUGACUGAUAUAAAUACUCAAUUCAUAGAACACACAAUCUACAUUAUGAAGUCUAUAUUAGACCCAAAACCGAGUAAGGACCAAAAUGAUCAACCUGCACCCUCCGAACAUUUAGGAGUAACAAGUAUUGAAGGAAUGAUGUUGGGUAUUGUUCGAUAUGUUCGUCACUUGGAUAUGACUGUUUAUGCCAUUCGAAUAAAAACCAAACUAUGUCAGUUGGUCGAGGUAAUGAUGAAGAGAAGAGAUGACUUGGCGUUUAGGCAAGAAAUGAAAUUUCGCAAUAAACUUGUGGAAUAUCUUACCGAUUGGGUAAUGGGUACAUCACAUCAAAUUGCUCCACCUAGUUCUGUUGAUGCUUCAAUGAUGACCAACACAUCUCUCAUUUUUCGAGAUUUGGAUCAAGCUUGCAUGGAAGCUGUUGCAGCUUUGCUACGUGGACUUCCCUUGCAACCUGAGGAAUCGGAUAGAGGUGAUCUUAUGGAUGCGAAGAGUGCGCUAUUUCUUAAAUAUUUCACUCUCUUUAUGAAUUUGUUAAAUGAUUGCAUUGAUAGUUCGGAAGCUGAAAAAGAUCUACAAAACUCUCAAAUGCUUCCCCCUCGACCACGAAUGGCUGCGGGUAAAUUGACCGCUCUGCGCAAUGCCACUAUCCAAGCAAUGUCUAAUUUGCUGGGAGCCAAUAUUGAUUCUGGUUUAAUGCACUCCAUCGAUUUGGGUUAUAAUCCUGAUUUGCAAACUCGAGCAGCUUUUAUGGAAGUUCUCACACAAAUUCUACAACAAGGAACUGAAUUUGAUACACUUGCUGAAACAGUAUUGGCUGAUAGAUUCGAGCAACUUGUUCAACUAGUGACAAUGAUAAGUGAUAAAGGAGAAUUGCCUAUUGCGAUGGCUCUUGCUAAUGUUGUUACCACAUCUCAAAUGGAUGAAUUAGCUCGAGUACUUGUCACACUAUUCGAUGCAAAGCAUCUGUUGGCACCUCUCUUGUGGAAUAUGUUUUAUAGAGAAGUAGAAGUAUCCGAUUGUAUGCAGACCUUGUUCCGGGGUAAUUCGUUGGGCAGCAAAAUUAUGGCAUUUUGUUUUAAGAUUUAUGGUGCAAGUUAUUUGCAAAGUCUUUUAGAACCUCUUAUUCGACCGUUGUUGGAUGAUCCAAAUACAAGCUUUGAAGUUGAUACAGCAAGAUUGGAACAGGCCGAUGAUUUAGAUAAAAAUCGAUCAAAUUUAGUAGCAUUGACUCAGAAAGUAUUUGAUGCUAUUAUUAAUUCAGCCGAUCGUUUUCCACCGCAAUUACGUUCAAUGUGUCAUUGUUUAUAUCAAGUUUUAAGCAAGAGAUUUCCAAAUCUAUUGCAAAAUAACAUUGGAGCUGUUGGUACUGUGAUAUUUUUGAGAUUUAUCAAUCCGGCAAUUGUUUCUCCACAAGAACUUGGAAUUGUUGGUAAACAAGUUCCCAGCUCAGCAAAACGAGGCUUAAUGUUAAUGUCCAAAAUUCUCCAAAACAUUGCCAAUCAUGUUGAAUUUUCCAAAGAGCAACACAUGCUUUGUUUCAAUGAUUUUCUACGUGCUCACUUUGAAGCUGGUCGCAGAUUUUUCAUUCAAAUUGCAUCAGACUGUGAAACUGUUGACCAAACAUCACAUAGCAUGAGUUUCAUAUCAGAUGCUAAUGUUUUAGCCCUACAUCGAUUGUUAUGGACACAUCAGGAAAAAAUCGGUGACUACUUAUCAAGCAGUCGAGAUCAUAAGGCUGUUGGGCGAAGACCUUUUGAUAAAAUGGCCACCUUAUUAGCAUAUUUAGGUCCACCAGAACAUAAACCUGUUGAUUCACACAUGAUGUUUUCGUCCUUUGCACGAUGGAGUUCAAUUGACAUGUCAUCAACAAAUUUUGAAGAAAUUAUGGUUAAACAUCAAAUGCACGAAAAGGAAGAAUUCAAAACAUUGAAAUCUAUGAAUAUUUUUUACCAAGCUGGAACAAGUAAAGCUGGAUACCCCGUAUUUUAUUACAUUGCAAGGAGAUAUAAAAUCGGCGAAACAAAUGGAGAUCUGCUUAUUUACCACGUCAUUCUAAGCUUAAAACCGUUCUGCCAUUCACCUUUUGAAGUCGUCAUAGAUUUUACCCAUACCUGCUCUGACAACAGAUUCCGCACAGAGUUCCUUCAGAAAUGGUUUUAUGUACUACCUGCUGUAGCUUACGAAAAUGUAAAUGCUGUCUUUAUUUACAAUUGUAAUUCUUGGGUUCGAGAAUAUACGAAAUUUCAUGAUAGAAUACUAGCACCCUUGAAGGGUAACCGCAAGCUAAUAUUCCUUGAUGCUCCAAGUAAAUUAAACGAUUUCAUUGAUCCUGAACAUCAAAAGCUUCCUGGGGCAACAUUAUCACUUGAUGAAGAUUUAAAAGUAUUUAGCAAUGCAUUAAAACUAAGCCACAAAGAUACCAAAGUUGCAAUAAAAGUUGGUCCAACAGCCCUUCAAAUUGCUUCAGCUGAAAAAACAAAAGUUUUAGCACACUCUGUCCUACUUAACGAUGUUUAUUAUGCCUCUGAAAUCGAAGAAGUUUGCUUAGUCGAUGAUAACCAAUUUACCCUAUCGAUUGCUAAUGAAAGUGGCCAACUAAGUUUCAUACAUAACGAUUGUGAUAAUAUUGUCCAAGCCAUUAUUCAUAUUCGCAAUAGAUGGGAACUUAGUCAGCCAGACUCUGUUACUGUUCAUCAAAAAAUACGACCAAAAGAUGUCCCUGGAACGCUGCUCAACAUGGCUCUAUUAAAUUUGGGUUCAUCUGAUCCAAAUUUAAGAACAGCUGCAUACAAUUUACUUUGUGCCCUAACGGCUACAUUCGAUUUGAAAAUUGAAGGACAAUUACUAGAAACUCAAGGUCUAUGCAUACCAUCGAACAAUACUAUAUUUAUUAAAUCAGUUAGUGAGAAACUUGCAACUAAUGAACCCCACCUGACUUUGGAAUUCCUUGAGGAAUGCAUUCAAGGAUUCCAAAGAAGUACAAUUGAAUUGAAACAUUUGUGCUUAGAGUAUAUGACGCCAUGGCUUAAAAAUCUUGUUAAAUUUUGUAAAUCUAACGAUGACUCAAAGAAAUUAAAAGUCUCUCAAAUUUUGGAUAAACUUAUUUGUCUAACAAUUGAACAAAAAGAAAUGUAUCCUUCGGUUCAGGCUAAAAUUUGGGGAUCUAUCGGUCAGAUUCCUGAGCUAAUUGACAUGGUUUUAGAUAAUUUUUUGCAUAAAUCUAUAACAUAUGGACUUGGCUCUCCGCAAGUGGAAAUAAUGGCAGAUACAGCAGUAGCUUUGGCAUCUGCAAAUGUGCAGUUAGUUUCGAAAAAAGUUAUAACACGCAUGUGUCGAGUUAUGGAUAAAACUUGCGCAAACCCUACACAGUACCUAGAGCAACAUAUGAUGUGGGACGAUAUUGCAAUACUGGGGCGUUAUCUCCUUAUGUUGUCGUUUAAUAAUUGUUUAGAUGUGGCAACACAUUUGCCUUAUUUGUUUCAUAACAUAACCUUUUUGGUAUGUUCCGGUUCGUUAUCUAUGCGUGCAUCAACGCAUGGUCUUGUUAUAAAUAUUAUUCACUCACUUUGUACCUGUACAAAACCGUCUUUCUCCGAAGAAGCCCAACGGGUUCUUCGUCUUUCUUUGGAUGAAUUUUCACUACCCAAAUUUUAUUUGCUCUUUGGCAUCAGUAAAGUAAAAUCAGCAGCAGUAACAGCUUUCCGUUCAAGUUGCCGUCACCCACCCGACAAAUGGUUAGGUAAUGAAAGGGUUUCUCAACCUCUGCCAGCAGACAGAGAGCGUCUAUCCUUGCCAUCGCUUGAAGUUAUAACUGAUGCUCUUCUGGAAAUAAUGGAAGCAUGCAUGCGAGACUAUCCCGAUUGUGAAUGGUUGCAAACAUGGACAUCGCUAUCGAGAAGUUUUGCAUUUUGUUAUAAUCCUGCUCUGCAGCCAAGGGCUCUUAUAGUCUAUGGAUGCAUUAGUAAGAGUGUUACGGAUCAAGAAGUAAAACAACUUUUAAGAAUACUUGUCAAAGCACUUGAAUCUUUCAAUGACAUCAUACUCAUUGAGGCUCUUGUUAUGUGUUUAACACGAAUUCAACCACUUUUAAGACCCGAAUCCCCAAUCCACCGAGCACUAUUUUGGGUAGCCAUAUCAGUUUUGCAACUAGAUGAAAUAACUUUAUAUGGAGCUGGUCUAGCUUUGCUUGAACAAAAUUUACAUACACUUAAAUCACAAGGAUCUUUCGACAAGAUGAAUAUUUCAGAUGUUAUGUUGAGUACACGUGAACCAUUAGAAUGGCAUUUUAAGCAGUUAGAUCACGCCGUUGGACUUUCAUUUAGAAGCAAUUUUCAUUUUGCUUUAGUGGGUCAUUUGAUUAAGGGUUUUCGCCAUCCAACACCAACAACUGUCUCUCGAACUUCUCGAGUUCUAACUAUGCUUCUUGGAAUCAUAUCAAAGCCAGUUCGACGAGAUAAAUUUGAGGUAACACCGGAUAGUGUAGCAUAUUUAACAGCUUUGGUAGCUGUAUCAGAAGAAGUACGAUCUAGGUGUCAUGUAAAACAUGCAUUACCAAGAUGGCCAACAGAAAUGAGCACUGAAAAUUCAGAUGUUGGAAAUUCAACAAUGCAAAAUCUUGGUAUGCCACUUUCAAGACGUCAAAAGUCAUGGGAUAUUCUUGAUCAAUCUGCAUUGUCAUUUGCCCGACAUCAUAAAGUUCCACCACAACAGAAUGCACGAGUUUUGUUCAAAACUCAACGAUCAUUUUCGGUACCAACUACAAAAGAUCCGAAUAAAGCAAAUGGAAUCGAUGAAAGACAGGAGCGCGGUUCGCGUUCGUCAGUAUCAAAUGAAUCGAAUGUUCUUCUUGAUCCUGAAGUUCUUCCUGAUCUAUCUAUACAAGCACUUGUUUUAACUGUACUUGCAACACUAGUAAAAUAUUCUACUGAUGAAAGUGAAACAAGAGUGUUAUAUCAAUACCUAGCCGAAGGAUCUGUUGUGUUCCCUAAAGUUUUUCCAGUCAUCCACUCUCUACUUGAUCAGAAAAUCAACAACAUUUUAUCAGUGUCCCAUGACCAAGUUGUUCUCAACUCCGUUCAAAAUAUAAUACAAAAUAUGCUUGCCAGCGAGGACCCAUCCCAGCAACAACUACAUUUCCUGCAAAGUUGUGGUUUUGGUGGACUUUGGAGGUUUGCCGGACCGUUUACAAAAUAUAAUAUGAUGGGCGAAUCAUCAGAGCUAUUUGUAAAUUGCCUAGAAGCAAUGGUUGAAACUUGUCUACCUGGAGAUGAAACAACCCCAGUGCCACCAUCACCACGACAAUAUAACUUAAGUUCAAGUCUCAGCAGCUUGACCCUGGGGUCACCUACAGAUAAAGCUUUUUCAACAGAAUCAUUAGAUUAUGAUAAUUUUGGUGGCAGUGUUAGCUCUCUGCGCCGUGCAUCAUGCAGCAAAUCACGUGUCAAACAUCGAUUGGCCGAUAGUCCUUCUCAUUGAAAUGAAAAGUACUUGGAGGUGUUGAACAAAAUUUGAAAAUAUUUUAUAAUAAUAGAACAACUAAGUUUUAAGAUUUAAUUUAUUUCGUUAUUUGGGCUGCAUCAAAAGGAAUUUUAUCGUACAAUAUUAAAGUAACUUAAGCCGUUAGUAGAGAUUAAAAAAAAAAUAACUAAUACCUUGAAUGACUUCAAAUAGCAAUCAUAAACUCUCAUGUCAUUGAUGAGUUUGAAGAAAUUUUUUUUAAACCAAUUAGUAGCAGUUGGCAAGAGUAAUCUUUCGGUUGAUUUCAGCGCUGGUGUUGUUGUCUGUGUUUAUAGCGGAUAGAUUAAGUCCGGAACUACAUCGAUGUUAUGGCUGUCCAUGGUGACGGUUUGUCCAAUACGUCAGAGUUUAGUUUCCUUUUUUGACGUCAUUGAACUUUAAACCCAAUUUUGCCGCGUCUGCUUCGAUGUUUAGAAAAGCGCCAUUGAAUUCACGCUGAGUUCUUCCAAUCAUUACAAUAUCAUUGGGAUAUGCAAACAGCUGGACGGACUUUAGAAAAAUGGAACCUC